UAAGGUGUCUGCAUCUGAAAGUGUGUCGACUUUGGCCUUUUGUUUUGGCCUUUGCUUGUUUGGUUCUUUCUUUGUUUCAUUGAUCUUUUUAUGCUUUGUGUUUUUAAAUUCAAUUUUUAAAGAAAGAGAAAAGUGAAAGCAAAAGGAUUGCUUAAAGAGAAUGGUUUUUUUUUCUUUUUUUGAAUCAAUAAGUGAAAAGAGCAUGGGAAAGCUAGAAACCAGAGAGUAAAAAACCGCUUGCAAUUUGUGGGGAUAAAUCAAAACAUAUAGAAUAUCAAACACUAGCAUUUUCAGAUCUCUAGGAUCUCAGAAUUUCAGUGGGGAUAAAUCAGGAACUUGUUGCUUGUUUCUCGAGAAAAUUCUCUUUUUCUCUUUUAGCUCUUUUGUCUUAGCUCAUCCGCUUCUUCAUUCUGUUACUUUUACUUACCUUUCGAUUCAUAUUUGUAUGAAAACAAAUCAUUUUUAGGAUCUGGAUAUUGAUCAAAAACAACAAGUUUUGAUUUUGUUUUUCAAGUGAAAAAGGUUAAAAAGGCAAGGAAUUUCCUUUAAAAGUAAUGGUGGUUUCAGUUCUUGUGGUACUGAAAGGGACACCUUUUGCUGGGAUAAGGGUAGAAAAAAGACUUUAGCUUCAUGUGAAAGAUGGUGGCAGGUCAUUGUUGUGCUGAUCAGUGGGCAUUGAUUUUUUCAGAGAAAGUAGAGUUUGAAUGAACUGAGAGACUGUAAGAGUUUUAACAGUAUGGAAAUAAAGAAUUUGAUGCUGUUUAGACUGGGGUUACUGAUUUUGGCAUUGAAUGGGGUUUCCUCUGCAACUCUUUCUCCUACUGGUAUAAAUUAUGAGGUGGUUGCUUUAAUGGCCAUAAAAUCGAAUCUACACGAUCCAUAUAAUGUUCUCGAAAAUUGGGAUUCGAAUUCGGUUGAUCCAUGUAGUUGGAGGAUGGUUACUUGCACUGCAGAUGGAUAUGUUUCUGCCUUGGGACUUCCUAGUCAGAGCUUAUCCGGGUCCUUAUCAACAUCGAUAGGUAACCUUAGCUACUUGCAAUCAGUGUUGCUUCAGAAUAAUGCUAUUUCAGGUUCCAUUCCAGCUACCAUCGGGAAGUUAGAGAAGCUUGUAACUCUCGAUCUCUCCAACAAUACUUUCAGUGGUGAAAUACCUGCCUCCUUGGGGGACCUGAAAAACUUAAACUAUUUGCGGUUAAACAACAAUAGCCUUACUGGAGCCUGCCCCGAUUCUUUGUCAAAAAUCGGAGGUCUCACUCUUGUGGACCUAUCUUACAAUAAUCUGAGUGGUUCCCUUCCAAAAAUAUCGGCAAGGACUUUCAAAGUUGUUGGAAACCCUUUAAUUUGUGGACCUAAAGCAAGCAACAAUUGUUCUGCUUUCUUUCCCGAGCCUCUUUCUCUCCCACCUGAUGGUCUAAAAGCUCAAUCAGACUCCGGAUCGAAAGGUCAUCAUGUAGCUGUUGCUUUUGGUGCUAGCUUUGGUGCGGCUUUUUUCAUCAUACUGUUUUUGGGGUUACUAGUUUGGUGGAGAUAUAGACGCAACCAGCAGAUUUUCUUUGAUGUUAAUGAACAAUAUGUCCUGGAAGUAUGCUUGGGCCAUUUGAAAAGGUAUACAUUUAAGGAGCUUAGGGCUGCAACUGACCAUUUCAACUCGAAAAAUAUUCUCGGGAGAGGUGGAUUCGGGAUAGUGUACAAGGGUUUGUUGAGUGACGGGACUUUGGUGGCCGUUAAAAGGCUGAAGGACUACAAUAUAGCUGGCGGCGAGAUUCAAUUUCAGACAGAAGUAGAGACAAUAAGUUUAGCUGUGCAUCGCAAUCUUCUCAGACUUUCUGGAUUCUGCACGACUGAGAAUGAACGGCUCCUGGUUUACCCCUAUAUGCCAAAUGGAAGUGUAGCAUCUAGACUAAGAGACAAUAUUCAUGGUCGGCCUGCUUUAGACUGGACAAUGCGGAAGAGGAUAGCCUUAGGUACUGCUAGGGGGCUUGUAUACUUGCAUGAACAGUGUGACCCAAAAAUCAUUCAUCGGGAUGUCAAAGCUGCCAACAUCUUGUUGGACGAAGACUUUGAGGCCGUUGUUGGAGAUUUUGGGUUGGCAAAGCUUUUAGACCACCGAGAUUCUCAUGUAACGACUGCAGUCCGUGGUACAGUUGGUCACAUUGCUCCAGAGUAUUUAUCAACAGGUCAGUCAUCAGAAAAGACAGAUGUAUUUGGGUUCGGGAUCCUGCUCCUCGAGCUAAUCACUGGUCAGAAGGCCUUGGAUUUCGGACGAGCAGCAAAUCAGAAGGGUGUAAUGCUCGAUUGGGUAAAGAAGCUACAUCAGGAUGGUAAACUGAGCCUGCUGGUGGAUAAAGAUCUAAAGGGAAAUUUUGAUAGGAUUGAGUUGGAAGAAAUGGUUCAAGUUGCCCUAUUGUGCACUCAAUUCAAUCCGUUACACCGUCCGAGGAUGUCUGAAGUAUUAAGGAUGCUAGAAGGUGAUGGUUUAGCUGAGAAAUGGGAAGCAUCACAAAUGAUAAAGACGCUGAAGCUCCGAUCAUGCGAUAACGAUAACCCUCCACAACGGUACUCGGAUUUUAUAGAAGAAUCAUCACUUGUGCUCGAAGCCAUGGAGCUUUCUGGUCCUAGGUGACAUAAUGUUUGCCUUGAGUACUAUGGUCCCGACUCUAUUGCAGAGCUCUGAAAUGUGAAAAAUAUGUGAUUGCUGUUGAUAGUUGUUGAAUGCUUGUAUUCAUCUGUAAAAAUUAAAAAAGGAAAAUCAUGCAAGAGUUCGAGUUUGAUUGAGCUUUGGUCAAGGAAAUUUUGAAAAAAUAUGUUUAGGAAAAUUUAGUAUGUAGUUUCUUUAUACAGGUAGUGUUGUAAGAAUUGAAAUCUUGGGGAAUUGAAGGGUAUGUUUGUUUUGUGAAAA